GCCGGAAGUGGGCGCUGCCGUGAGGAGGUGGGGCCAUCGCUCCAGAGGAGGGGUGAGCCAGCCGCCGACAUGGCGCCCUCCGGCAGUCUCGUGGUUCCCCUCGUAGUCCUGGGGCUGCUUCUUUGGGGGACUCCUUGGACCCACGGGCGGCGAAGCGACGUGCGCAUCCUCACGGACCAGAACUGGAGAGAGCUACUGGAGGGAGAGUGGAUGGUGGAAUUUUAUGCUCCAUGGUGUCCUGCUUGUCAAAAUCUUCAACCAGAGUGGGAAGGUUUUGCUGAAUGGGGAGAAGAUCUUGAGAUUAAUGUUGCAAAAGUAGAUGUCACAGAGCAGACAGGUCUGAGUGGACGAUUUAUCAUAACUGCUCUUCCUACCAUUUAUCACUGCAAAGAUGGUGAAAUUAGGCGCUACCAGGGUCCAAGGACCAAGAAUGACUUCAUAAACUUUAUAAGUGAAAAAGAAUGGAAGAGUAUUGAACCUGUUUCCUCAUGGUUUGGUCCAAGUUCUAUUCUGAUGACUAGUAUGUCAGCACUCUUUCGACUUUCUAUGUAUAUCAGGACUUGCUAUGACUAUUUUAUUGAAGACCUUGGACUACCAGUUUGGGGAUCAUACACAAUUUUUGCUUUAGCAACUUUGCUUUCAGGACUGUUAUUAGGACUUUGUAUGAUAUUUGUGGCAGAUUGCCUUUGUCCUUCAAAAAGGCGCAAACCGCAGUCACAUCCUUCAAAAAAAUCAUUACCAGAAUUUUCCCAGCCUUUGAAAAAAAUGGUGGAAGAACAAGAGGCUGAUGAAGAUGUUUCAGAAGAAGAAGCAGAAAAUAAAGAAGGAAUGAACACAGACUCUUCUCUUCAGAGUGCCGUACGACAGCGCUUUGUGGGUCCGCCGUUGCCCACAGAUAAAUCCUAGUUAAUUUUUAUGAAGACCUUAAUACUAUGACUCUGGCAAAACAAAAUUGAUUAUUUCUUUUGUUUUAAAGUGAACUAUGAUUUAUGUAUUGCAGAGUUCAGUCUAGGUUGACAUUGAACUUUUUUUUCCAGAAAAUAUAAACAGAUAUAAAAGCUUGAAAUACAACCUGAGACCAUCGAGGUUUAAACAGUUCCUUAAUUGUAGAAAAUCUGGUGCCAAGCAAUAAGAUUUGUGUGUGUUUAGUAAUAACUUCUUUCAAGACUGAAUUGAAAAAUUAUAUUUCCUAAGAUUUACAUUAAUGGGGGUAUUUAAGAAGAUUACUUAGAGAAAAAAAUUUCUCAUUUGAUAUAUUUUUUCUCAGUUUCACUGUGUGAAAAAAAGAACAUAUUUCCCAUAAAUGGGAACUUUGCCCCUUUUCUCAAGAAAUGUAUAUUGCAUGAUAAUUUUGGUCUUUUAGAGUUAUAGUCCACAAAUUUCUCAUUUUUUAGAUUAUGCAGCUAACCAAAACUCUUGCUUUAAUUAUAGUUUUCUUUUUAACAUCAUAUAUAGGAUAUGCUACUGAGUUAAGUUUUUAUAAGUCCUUGGUGUUCUCUUGAUUCCUAUGAAGAUUGAUUGCCUGUUUUAUUCCUUUUUUCAGUUGUAUGGGGUUUUUUUUUCUUUUUUUUUUGCCAUGGUUACAUUUUUCAAAUUGGAUGCUAUGAACAGUAUCACUAUUAUAUUUACUAUAGGUAAACAGCUUUUGUUGUUCUACAUUGAAGUUUACAAAGAUUCAUCAAAUUGAACUACUGAAAAUUUUAACUUUGGUCAAUCAGUCCAGAUACUACAGUAUGGUUGUUGAACCUUGUCUUGACUUUUCUUUUUGUAUGUGUGUUUUUUUUGUUUUUAUAUGGAGGUGAACAUUCCUCAUUUUUAUUUGGUAUAGAAAAGCUUUGGUAUUUUAUAUUUUAGAUAUUCAGAGCUUAAUUUAAAAUGUAAAAAAAUAACAUUUGCAUUCUGCUCAGGAAAAAACAUGUAUAUGUUUUCAUUGUAUCUUUCUCAUCACAUGCAGAAUUCUUAAUUGCAUUUUCAGUUAGUGGAUGCUUGAUGUUUUAAAAUCAUAGCAUAAAAUUGAUAAAAUUGUUAAUGUUUUUUGAAAAGACAGAUUUCAGGUUUUAUUGCUCUUGAUUGCUGAUACUGGGUGGUAUUCCUCAGGUGGAUCUCAGCCACGUGGACCAUAUAAUUUUUACCUGACAGCAAAGGGCAGGUGUGAUACAGGACUGUUAGCCACAAGAAAGGGAAGAACCAUAAGUACUCGGAAUCAUCCAGCCAUUAUAUGAUAGGUGAUUUCUGUAAUGUCUUCCCCCCCUUUUAGGUUCUCUCUGUGUGAAUCCAUUAAAUUUUUAUUAUAGUAAUGUACAACAGUAUAAAGGCCUGUUCUUUAGACUCUUAAUACUCUACCAUUGAAGAGUUUGGAUGUGUAAUUUGUGAUGCCUUAGAAAAAUACUCUAAGCACAAAAUAAACUUUUCUAAGUACUUCACUAGCACUAAA